GUUGUCUUAAACGCUUUAAAAAGUAAAAGGUUUCGUGCAAUGUAUUACGUUAAUAAUAAUAAUGACGGAAGACCAUAAUAAGGAUGAAACAAAUUUCAAUUUACUCCAAGAUAAUCAGUGGAAACCAAACGGUCACGAAAUCAAAGCUUACAAACGUAGAUGGAUAAUUUUAACAAUUUUCAUAAUUUACGGUGCUGUAAAUUCGUACCAAUGGAUCGAAUAUUCAAUUGUCAACAACAUAAUUACAAGAUAUUACAACGUUACUCCUGUGAUGGUGGACUGGACAUCAAUCAUUUACAUGGCCCUCUAUGCACCUUUAGUCAUACCAGCUUCGUACAUUUUGGAUAAAUAUGGUUUACGUGCCGCUGGACUAAUUGGAGGACUAGGAACAGCAUUAGGAACCUCAAUUAAAGUAUUUUCAAUCGGACGUGAAUCCUUCUGGAUUGUCCUUCUAGGUCAAGCAGUUGUAUCAGCAUCACAACUUUUAAUUCUAUGUCUUCCACCAAGAAUAGCAGCUGUUUGGUUCAAACCGAACGAAGUAUCAACAGCUUGUUCACUUGGAGUUUUCGGAAAUCAACUUGGUGUUGCCAUUGGAUUUGUGCUAUCACCCAUGAUUGUGCAAAAUCGUGAAAAUGUGGAAGAAAUUGGACAUGACUUGAAAAUAUUGUGCUGGGGUCUUACAGCUGUGAUUUUACCAACAGCGAUUGCAAUCAUAUUUUAUUUUCCUAAGCAGCCUCCAAAGCCACCAAGCAUUACACAAGUGGAAGAAAGGAACAGAACAGAGAAUUUUUCAACCAAGUCAUUUUUUCAAUCUAUUUUAGUUCUACUGAAAAAUGUGCCCUUCGUAAUUCACGUGGUGGCGUUUGGUGUUAACAUUGGUGUUUUUUCAGCAGUUGGUACUCUUCUCAAUCAACUUGUAUUGCGUUAUUUUAAACACUUGCCAGAUGCUGAAGCAUUUACCGGUAGAGCUGGUUUAGUGAUGAUUGUCGUUGGAAUGAUGGGAUCUAUCCUAUUUGGAAUUUUUCUUGAUAAAACACAUAAAUAUAAAGAAACAACUGUUUUCGCUUACUUUAUGUCCUCACUAAGCGUAGUUGGCUUCAUGUUUGCUUUAGAAAUGAAGUCAAAAAUUUUGGUUUAUAUUGCAAUAGGAGUGGUUGGUUUAUUUACAAAUGCAUACGCACCAGUAGGUUUUGAAUUUGCCAUGGAGUUAACUUAUCCUUCUUCUGAAGGUACUGCCACAGGAUUACUUAUGGCACCAUCACAAGUCUUAGGAGUUGUUUUUGCAUUAAUGUUGGGUCAGCUUAACGUUUUAAUUGGGCCGUUUUGGUCUCUAGCCAGUCAAGUUUUGCUGCUAAUAGUUGGUGCUAUAAUUACUUGUUUCGUACCUAAUAAAUUAAAAAGACAGGAAGCUUUCAAGCGUAGGAUAAAUAAUGAUAUAUUGUUAAAAGAAAUUAAACGUUGAAAAUAAUUAAUACAUGAUUUUUCUCUA